AUGUCCCACGAAUUAUUCUCUUUGAAUUUCAAACAACUAAUGACGGUGGAAAUAUACGUUAAGAAUCCAAGGGUCUAUCUGGGUCUAGAUGAAUUCGAUGGUGUCUCUGAUGGGGAUAAGGAACUAGAAAAGCUUGCAAGUCUUCGGGAACGAAGAAAGCUUGUCCUUCCAGAUCCAAACAACAUUGUUGGGCAUGAGGAAUUGAUCAAUUGGUUGACUGAAGCUGAGUUCAGUACUAUCGACGAAUUGAACAAAGUUUCUCAUUCAGAAAACGAUAGAUAUAUCAAUCAGAUUCUUUGGCUGAGAUAUCUCAGUGUGAAAGGUAAACAGGACCAAUAUGAUGUUAAGAUAGUUGAUACUUUCGGUAUCACAUUUCCCAAAGCCAACGAAACUAAUUACACUUUUGAGUUAUUGCUACAGGAAAUUGCCCGACUCCGUUUGAAGGAAGACAAAGAAUUGUACACCUUAUUAUACGAAUACAGUACCAAAACUUUUCAAAGCAUACCCAUUCUCAGCUCACUAAUCGACAUUCUACUCAGAGGAGAGAAUAACACAAAUGAAUUGAUAAGAACUUUCAAAGUCUACGAGUCAAUUAUUACUGAAUAUGAACAAGUUCAUGGGCUAAACUCGAGUCCAUAUGUUGUGUUAUUCCUGGAAAAAUUAGCAUCGUUGACAAGCAGAUUGAUUAAAGAGGAGGGUAGUCAUGAAUUGAUAUUAAACUUCAUCAAAACUCUAAAACUCAAAUUUGAGGAUUUCACUGAGAAAUUCCAAGUGCCGUUCAAAUUUUAUGCUUUGGAUUCCAUUCAUAUUGACCCCAUUUUCUGUGAUCCUGUUUUCGUCUCUCGCAUUUCUCCUGUCAUCUCAUCCCUCAUUCAGAGUUGUGAGUAUCUAUGCCAAAACUCCCUGGAUGCACCGGAUCUGAAAAAGAAUUUGGAACAAUCAGUGAAGUUCCAUCACUUUUUUAUUCAGCUGAAUCCGAAACUGCCCGUAUCGUUAGGACUUGUUAAAACAUUGGUUAAACUUAAUCAAAUUCAAUCAGCAACGAAGAUAAUGAAGAAAACUUUACAAACUGACGCUACCAAUUUCAAAUACAUAAACUUCAUGAUAGUUCUAUUAGUGGCUAGUAGAGAAUACUCAACAGCCACAAAGUUAAUCAACUCCACUCUGUUAUACAUCGAACAAGAUUCUGAAUUAUCGAAAGCUGAAAACGAUGAUAUUAUCAAUUUGAAAAUACUAGAGAUCCUGGUUAUUGAGAAGAUUCAUUCCCCACAGGUUGCUUUAAACUACUUAAAUGAUUUAUUUGAAACCUAUCACAAAUUUUACGGGCAACCAGGAAACGCAUCACCAUUGCUGGAUAAAAUCUGGUUACUUGCCUCCGUACUAUACGAAAACAACAAACUUUACGACGAAGCCAGUAAUUGCUUGAAUGAAAUGGCCAAACCUGAUUUAUCAAGAAAGGCUUGGUUAAAUAUUGCUCAGAAUAAAUACCAAGAAGCCCAUGACCAAAUUGAAUCAGUUUUGACCCCAAUUCCAUCUUCUUUCUCUCCUCAAGCACGAUUCUCUGCAAUUUUGGGCCUGUCACACCUUGCCUAUAAUCACCCCGAAACAUUCAAGUCACAGAAAGACAUCAAAUCUGUACAGGCUCGGUGCCACACCAACCUCCAGCGAUUACGAUCAGACUACACGUUUUCUAACCACCAUCAUGUCUAUCAUUUUUUGUCACUUUCUUAUGAGAAACUAGGUGAUCAAGUAUCUCUUCAGGAGGUCCUAAGCUAUACGGUCAAUCUUCCUGACAUAAUUUUAGACCUGGACGAACUAUAG